AUGGGAGGAAGGGAGUCUAAACAGUUUCCCUUGUCGUACGACGAGGCGCUCAAGAGAGUGAGUGAAACUUUUAUCUCGAAUGUGCUUGGUGAGGGUAUCCCCGCCUCUCUGGGGGAGCGAAUAUAUAAUCUGGUGGGUGGGGCAGGGGGCAGAGGAGUUCAGUUUAGGGAACUACUCGCUCUUCUCGUUCUUCUAUCCAGGGGAACCAGGGAGGAGAAAAUUAAAUUUUUGUAUGGAGUGAUAGCUGAUGAUGGGAUGUAUAUAGAGAAGAGUUCCUGUCUCCGCCAGUGCUCUGAGUGGGAGGGGGAGUUAAGCCCCGCCCAUAUUUACUCCUUGUUCUCCCAGGGGGAUAAGGUUAACUUUGAAACGUUCUCAAUCUGGAUUGAAAAGAAUUACCAGAAUUUGGAAACUGCUCGAUGGAUUCUAUCUCCGAAUAAUGCGCUUUCCUUAAUUUGUCAUCUGGAGACUCCAACCUUUUACCAAACACUGGCUGGAGUUACUCACUUGAGCGAGGUUGAGGUUAUAGAACUAGAGAAAAGGUUCUGGAGUCUAGUUGGAAACUCUAGUUCUGGAAGGAUAGAUAUCUCAAUCAUUACUCCUCUUGUGUCUCCACCCUUACCCCAGGCUCUGGUCCCGGGGCUCUUCAAGGCCUUCGACGAGAACCAGGAUGGACAUCUAGAUUUUAAAGAGUUAAGUUGCGGAGUUUCUGCCGCGUGCCGUGGACCUGAGCUAGAGCGGCAGAAAUUUUGCUUUAAAAUCUUCGACACGGACGGGGACGGUAAACUGAAUGAAGAGGAGUUAAAGUUUAUGCUGUUCUCUAUGCUGGAGAUAUCAGAGCAAACCAGUCAUAGACCAAGUCAUCAGCGCACACCUAGUAAUCUCAGUAAUCAAUCAAGCUCCUGGGACCAAAACAGUGUUUCUCCAAACCAACAAAGAACAAAUCUAGGUCAAAGCAAAAGUACGCCCUUCAAAUCAAAAUCUAAUUCAGUGCAACGGAAUUUCAGCUUAGAGAGCAACUCCAAGCUAGGCAGUAACCAAUCCUCUCUCAGUUCGAACAAAUCCGUCCCAGUUAAUUCAGAUCAAACCAGAUCCUCCCCCUCGCAGAGCAGAUCCUCCACGGUACAAAGAAAAUCAUCAUUUCUUCAGAGAAAAUCUUCCCCAGCCCCUCCCACCUCUUCUGAUGAUGACCUAAAACAUUCUGGAGAUGCUCUUGAUGAUGCAAAAGUUCAAGCUGAAGAGAAGAUAGUUAAAGCAGAAGAAUCAAAAGUCACAGUUGAACGACUGAUGGUAGAACUACUUGGAGAAAAUGAAUUUCUUUCCUUGGAGGAUUUUCUGGUUUGGACUGUAACAGCUCAUCUUCCACAGGAGUUUGCGAGUUUACUGUUCCAAUUGUGUCACGUGGUUCUUGGCCUCCGACCGGCCUCAAGGAAGGAAGAGGGGGAGAUUGUGAGAGGCUGGCUCUACAGAGAGGAGCAGGCUGGAUUAGUUCCAGGUCAAGUUUGGUAUCUGCUCCCUAUGAGUUGGUGGACAUCCUGGCACUCCUACGUGAACUGGGUGGAGCUCCCCGCCGCCACCUCCUCCUCCUCCCCUCCAGCCUCAAACUUGAAGAGUGUUGGGAGCACCUCGUCUCUUGGCUCCCUCUCUAGGAAGAAAAGUUCACUCAAUUCUAGCUUAGCUGCAGAUUCGAGCAAAAUUAUAGCAACAGGAUAUACUCCCUUAGAUGUAGAUUCACGACCAUCCACUCCUAGUAGACCAACCACUCCAGGGGGAGAUGGUUUAAACUCAAUGCACAAUACUCCAGGUGGUUCUCCUGCAACUCCUCGGAAGGUCUCCCAAUCUAAGAUCUCAACUCCUUCCCGUCCUGGUCUCAUUGAUAACACCUCCCUGAUCCAGUCCCCGGCCUACAGGGGGAUCUCGGUGUUGACAGGGGAGGGGGGCAAACUCAAGAGUGGGACAAGGUUGGGCCGAGGCAAGGAUUACGAGUUUGUUCCUGAACGAUUAUGGAAGUUUUUGGCGCAAAUGUACGGUGGAACACCACCGCUUCCCAGACAAGUUAUUAGGACUAAGGAUGGACGAAUAGAGCUUGAGUUAAGCCCCCUGAGUAUACGAAUACUUAAGCAUCAAACUAUACAACGACAAGCCAAUGUUCCCGCGGUGGUGGGAGGAUAUAGCGCUGCGGCUCUGCAAGCCGGGGUGAGUACGGCAGGGUAUAAUGGUCUCGUUGGAGGGUCAGGACCUCCCACAGUUGUCAGAAGAUACCACGCGUACCAGGCCGCCUUUUCCCGGCGCACUGCUGUCGGUCAAAUCUCCGAGUUCCUGUGUUCUAGACUUCAGGUCAAACAGGAGGACCUUAGACUUUGGUUAUACAGAGGUGAUGAGAGUAGUAUGCGUAUGCUUGACAAUGAGAAUAUGACUCUGGAAGACGCAGGAUUUAUGGAUGAAGAUAGUUUACUUGCAGAGAUAAGAUCAAGAGAUGGUACCUGGCCGGAGGAAAUCUCCAACCUCUGCGGAGAGAAGCGACAUCAGACUGACCGUCAACCAUUAGUGCCUGGAGUAGCUGGACUCAAUAAUCUAGGGAACACGUGUUAUAUGAAUGCCGCGUUACAGGUGAUGUCAAGUACUAAAAUUCUGUCCCAGUACUUCAAGCGGAAUUGUCACCUGUUCGAGUUAAAUAGAAACAAUCCUCUUGGAAUGAAGGGUCAUAUUGCUAAAAGAUUUGGAGACCUGGUUAGAGAUAUCUGGUCAGGGGAUCUGAGAACCAUAGCACCAAUUAAACUUAGAUGGACCCUGGGAAAGUAUGAACCAAACUUUGCCUCCUUCCAACAACAGGAUAGUCAGGAGCUCCUUGUCUUUCUCCUCGACGGUCUACACGAGGAUCUUAACAGGGUCACUGAAAAGCCCUAUGUCGAACUAAAGGAUAGUGCUGGUCGUGCUGAUCUUGAAGUAUCUGAAGAAGCUUGGGAAAAUCAUAGUCUUAGAAACAAAUCUAUAAUUGUGGAUCUUUUCCACGGUCAACUCAAAUCAAAGGUUACCUGUAAAGUGUGCCAGCAUGAAAGUGUCAGAUUUGAUCCGUUUUUCAACCUUUCCCUUCCACUGCCUAUGGAGAGAUGUGUCAGUAUUGAGGUUGUGUUGUUACUCCAGGACGGAUCUACUCCUGUCAAGUAUGGUUUAGCAAUGGAUAUGGAGGAUAGGGGGAGUGCUAUACCUCCAAGGUUAGCUGUUCUAUCCGGGGUUCCAGCACAGAAUAUGGUUCUAGUUGAUAUUGUUCAGGCUCAGAUCAGAGUAAUUUCAACGCACGAUCAGAAGCUGAGAACUCUAAGCGGUAAUUGCAUUUACGCCUAUCAGCUGAGUAAGGCUGGCGAGGUAAAAGUUAGCCACGCGGUCAGUCAGUCAGCUGCUCCGGCCACCUCUGCAGGAUACAGUCAAACUAUUUCUGAAAUUCAACGCUCGGUGCAUUCAAAAUUGAAUAUCAAAUCUGACUCUGAGGCAGAGCAGGAGAAUGUGAAAGAGGGAGGGAAGGCGGGGGAGGAGGGAGAGGGGAGAAUAAAGGCGGGGGAAGGGAAGGGAAAGAUAAAGACGGGGGAGGGGAAGGCACCUCCUGUAUCCGGGAACCAGGCUGACCCUGCUGACCAGGGAGCAGAAGAACAAUCUAGAACAGAAAUAUCAGAUCUAUCUCCUACCAGUGAUUCUUCACUAAUUCAGGAGGAGGAGGAGGAGACGGUAGUAAGCUGUGGUGAAGAGCAGAGACAACAUUCACGUGGAUCAAGCGCUAGUUCUACUCUCACUUCCGGUACUGUAGAUAGUGACAGGGGUUCAUCAGCUUCAACUCUACCCACGCAUCUAGGAGAUUACACUCAGGGUAUAGUUGUCUGUUUACACCGUAAGAUGCUACCCCAGGAGUUUUAUUUUCUUUCCAGCGAGAAGUAUAGACCUGCACUCUUUGGGAUUCCGCUAGUUAUUAGCUAUACUUCAGAAACUACAGGACAAGAAUUGUAUGGUUGGGUCUGGGAGCAGGUUGCCCGGCUUAUAUCCCCGCUACCCCCGCAGGACAAGGCUGCGUCUAACCAUGCUACAGAUUGUGAUGAUAGUCUCGGAUAUGAAUAUCCGUUUAUACUCAAGACAGUGAAGAGUAAUGGUUCCUGGUGCUCUAGUUGCUCCUGGAGUAGUAUGUGUCGAGGGUGUCCUGUACCCUGCACAGCAGAGCGGCUCUCCACUCCAUCGUCAUUCUUUGCUAUCGAUUGGGACCCGACCGCCCUUCAUCUGCGCUACCUGGCUGGUGCUGAGAGGGCGUGGCAUGAGGACUCCAGUGUAGCUGAGAGUAGGCGGGCUGCUACUGAGCCUAUCACCCUGGGUAAAUGUUUGGAGGCGUUCACCCAGGAGGAACAGCUGGGGGAGAAGGAGAAGUACUACUGCUCCGCCUGCAAAACUCACCAAUUGGCGGUGAAGAAACUUCAGAUCUGGCGAUUACCGCCGAUACUCAUCGUUCAUCUCAAGAGGUUCCAGUGCGUUAAUAAUAAGUGGAUAAAAUCUCACAAAAUUGUGGAUUUUCCAUUUUCUGGUUUAGAUUUAACCAAAUACCUAGCCGCAGUGCCAGCAGAAACCCUAAUCAGGUAUAAGGAGUUGAGUAAAAGAGCUGGGAGAUUACCCUCUAUAAGUUGCAAAGCCGAAACGAUCGCCGAACUUAGCGAACCGUUACCGCCGGUGAUCCCGCCGACCGGCCGACGGUUAAAUGAACCUGGAGUUGCUGAAACUGCGGCGACCCCUGAGCCUGGAAUUGAGGAGGACCCCAACGACUCUGGGAUCGAGUCUAACAGCGGGAACAGCCACGGGAUCCUGGAGCGCGGGGAGAGUGCAAGCUCCGAUGUUUUCGAACCCGAAAAUUUAAAUUUUUCCAAACUGACGAACAAGACUGAACAUAUUAAAUCUAGUCACAGACCCCUGGGUGGAAGAACACGUCAGAUCUCGACAUCUUUGGUUCAGCAUCCUAUUGAAGAUCAUGAUCUCAAGGAUUUCCAUGGACAUCUUUUAGAACCUGGCCAUCAUCCACUUGAUAUAAAGUACAACAUGUAUGCAAUGGUUUGUCACUCUGGUGUACUGGGAGGAGGACACUAUGUAUCGUACAGCAAAACCAGUUCAGGAAACUGGUUUUGUCAUAAUGAUUCAUCAUGCAAGGAAGUUCCAGAAUCAAACAUAGAUAAAAGCUCGGCUUAUAUUUUACUUUAUGAAAGAGAAGGCCUUUCUACGACAGAUUACCUCCCAGAUGUGACUGGAUUAAAAGCAGACACUUUACUUCUGGAAGAAGAGUUAGAAAUGGACUUUAAGAAACAGUGUUCACUUAUGUAAUAAUGUCCAGUGUACACUCAACACUCACGUGAUUUCCCGCCGGAUCAAUUCCGGUCUCGUGGCAGCUUCAGGGCAAACGCCAUUUUUGUGAUCUUAGACAUUCAUAUCCUUAUAUAAAUAUUCUACUUAUUUCUUAUCGAGAUUGAUAGACAAUGGUAAAAUGUCAAAUUUGUCAAAAAAUAUUAUUUAUUUCUGAAAUUUUUGUUUUAAAUAGAUCGCGCGUACACAUUCCAUGAAGAUCUUUUUGUUUUCCCAAUUCUCGCUCUUUUUUUGCGCAUUUUUUAAUUUAUGGUUUCAAUUUUUCCUUCUCUAGUCAUAUCAAAUACUGGAUCAGAAAUACAAUACUCCACUCUACUCAAUUUUAACUCAUCCAUAAUAUCAAAAACAUGUUCUAAAGGUCUUCCAAUACCUACACGGAUAUUAGUUUAUUACUGUUACAAGAUUUAUUAAUUUUAUUUAUUUUGUUCUAAAGAAAAUAUAUAUUUAGAGGGGUUAACAUUAAAUCCUUCUAGCAUUUA